AUGAAGUUCUCUAUUAUUUUAUCCAUCUUGGCCUCCACUUCCAUGGGCUCUGUCUUGCAUCAUCGUCAUGUCAAACGUAAUGAUAUCGUCAAUGGUGCAGUUGUCCAAGUCGUUUACGACGAGGAGGUCACCUAUUACAUCAAGAAGGGACCUCAAACCACUGCCACUGAAGCCGUCGGUACCCACUCUUCUUUCUUCACCACUACUUAUGGUAGUGCUUCUUCGUUCACCACUUCUACUUCUACCACCACUGAUGCUACCUCAAUUCUUGAACCUUCUAGCACUGUGGAAUUGUCUUCUAGUACUUUUACUUCCUCUUCUGAUGCCACUUCUUCUUCUUCUUCUACUAUUUCCUCUUCUGCUACUAUUUCCUCUUCUGAUGCCACCUCUUCUUCUUCUUCUUCUUCUUCUGAUGCCACCACUUUUUCUACUGCUACUUCUGUUUCUUCCUCCUUCUCCACUGAGAUCACAUCUGCCUCUACCGUUGAGCCAACCAGCUUCUCUUCUAGCUAUGUUUCAACUUCUUCAUCUGCAGAAACCACUACCACCACCAGCGCUUCCUCUUCUUCCUCUUCCUCUUCUUCCUCUACUGUUUCAACUACAUCUACUGAAUCCACCACCAGCUCAUCUUCGUCUGCCACCAGCUCCGUCACCGUCGAUACCACUUCCAACGAUUACGGGUCAUCUUUCAACAAGGACAUUCUUUAUGAACACAACGCCAAGCGUGCCUUGCAUGGUGUCCCUGAUCUCACUUGGAACGACACCCUCGCCACUUAUGCCCAAAACUAUGCUGAUGAAUACACCUGUCCAUCCGAUGGUUCUUUAGUCCAUAGUGGUGGUCCAUACGGUGAGAACUUGGCUUCCGGUUACGCUUCUUCCUUUGCGGUGGUUGAUGCCUGGUACGCGGAAAUCAAGGACUAUGAUUUCGCUACCGCUGGUACCGAUGGUUUCAGUGAAUCCACUGGUCAUUUCUCCCAAGUUGUUUGGAAAGAUACCACUGAUUUGGGUUGCGGUUACAAGAAGUGCGGCACCUCCUUUGGCUAUUAUGUUAUUUGCUCUUACUACACUGCAGGUAACGUCAUUGGUGAAGAUUGGACCGAAGAAGUUCCUGCUCUUUUAUGA